UAAAUCCGAACCUGAGCAAGUAAGUCUAACUAAAGUUAAUUAGUAUUAUAGAUUUUUCUUGAAGAAAUAAAAAAACAGUAGAGGGUGUAUUAUUGAUAUUUGAAGGAACUUGGGGAAAAGGGGAAAGCUGCAGGGUUUUCUGCACAGAGUGUGAAGUUGUUGUGUGUUACUGGGUUUGGGAAUUGUGGAAGACAGUAAAUAAAAGCCUGCUAGAGAAUCUGUGCUCUAAACAUGGCAAGGCAAAGGAAGUGACCAUCUACUUACACACCCCCACCUCACCAACCCAUCUCUGAAUUCUGUGUAUUUGGCAUUACAAAGGGAUCAAAUCUGUACUUCAAAUCUAGUUUUCCCGGCACCAUUUUUUGAUCCGCUACUCCAACCAAUCCCUUUCCGCAGGGACCACGAGAUUAGAUCUAGCCGUAAGAAGAAGAAUGACUGGUAGUCACACACACUUCACAGAAUCCAUAUUCGGUUUGUCUGUAAAAACUGAAAAGUGUAGACUAUAGGGUAUGGUUCUUUUGGUCUUGACUAGAAUUUCUUGUUGCAUGGGGCGUGAGAAAUUACAGUCUGGCUGGCGCUGAAGACUUGAAGUUUACUGGUAGUACACGUUUCAAACCCAUAAAAAAACUGCAAGAAUUCACUCUUUAUUCAAGAUUAUUUCUUCUUCUUCUUCUUGUUAAUGGAGUUUUGCUGGAAGAUUACAAGACUGAGGUUUAUGGGCAACAGAUUAAAUCUUCAGUUUAUUAUUUGCUGCUCGUUCUUCUUCUUCUUCUGCUGCUGUUCUUGUUUGCGAGGCAUUCACAGUGCCAGAAACCAGGAAACUAUUUUAGGAACCAGUUGUGUGUUGCCUCAUGAUGCUGAUACUUACUUGCAGAUAUUAGAGAAGAAGACCGCAGAGGAAAAUAGUAAUUGGGAUAUAGCUAGAGGGAGCAUGGGUGGAGCUAGAAGACUAUUGGGUGGGCCAGGAUCGUCGCCACCUCGUUGCACGUCAAAAUGUGGUAGAUGUACACCGUGCAAGCCUGUUCAUGUGCCAGUGCCGCCUGGAACACCGGUGACUACAGAGUACUAUCCCGAGGCGUGGAGGUGCAAAUGUGGCAACAAGUUAUACGUGCCCUAAUUCGUCGAUCACCAUCUAUCAUCCUAUUUGAAGAAAUUCCUUUGCUAUUUAGUAUAAUGAUCCAUCAUGAGGCAUAUAUUAUCAUACACAUUGACCUAAUUAAUGCGAAUUAUACUAUAAUUUAGUUAGUACUCACGACACGACAUUGCACUUUUAAGUUUUAA